AACAACCUUGUUGCCCAAAAAUGGCACCAUCAAUAUUCUGGUUUAUCAUCACUGUGGCUCUGCUAGCUUUUAAAGAUGGUUCUGCAAUGGAAAAUAAUCAUCAUCUUCGUCGAAGCAAGUUUCCGGCCGGUUUCUUGUUCGGAACUGCCUCAUCUGCUUACCAGUAUGAAGGUGCAGCACACGAAGGUGGAAGAGGACUUAGCAUAUGGGAUAGCUUUACCGAAAAAUAUCCUGAGAAGAUCAAGGACCACAGUAAUGGAGCUAUUGCAGAUGACUCAUAUCAUCGUUAUAAAGAAGAUGUACAAAUAAUGAAGAAUAUUGGUUUUGACGCAUAUAGAUUUUCUAUCUCGUGGUCUAGAAUAUUACCCCGUGGAAAACUAAGUGGAGGAAUAAACAAUGAGGGAAUCCAAUAUUACAACAAUCUUAUUAACGAGCUUAUAUCGAAUGGAGUGAAGCCGUUUAUCACCCUCUUCCAUUGGGAUACUCCACAAACCCUAAAAGAUGCUUAUGGCGGUUUUCGUGGUUCUCAAAUUGUGAAGGAUUUCCAAGAUUAUGCAGAGUUAUGCUUUAAAGAGUUUGGUGACAGAGUAAAACAUUGGAUAACCCUUAAUGAGCCAUAUACUGUUGUGAAGAGAGCCUAUACCGAUGGUAUGUUUGCACCAGGGCGAUGUUCCAAGUUUGUUAAUCCCAACUGCACGGCUGGUGAUUCAGCUACUGAACCAUACAUUGUUGCCCAUAACUUUCUUCUUACUCAUGCAACUGCAGUUAAAGUGUAUCGAGAUAAGUAUCAGGCUUCUCAAAAAGGUCAAAUUGGGAUAACAUUAAAUUCACCUUGGACUAUACCCUAUUCUGAAUCAUAUGCAGAUCGGUUUGCAGCUUCUCGAGCUAUGGCUUUUACACUUGAUUGGUAA